AUGUCCUUCUGCAGCCAGCUGAGCUCCCGCUGCUCCCUGCCCUGCCCGCUGACGUGUCCCCAGCCCGUGGCCGACGCCUGGAGCCAGCCCUGUGUCACCUCGUGCGGGGACUCGCGGGCCGUGCUCUACCCCCCUCCCGUGUCCAUCGUCUUCCCGGGCCCCAUCCUGAGCUCCUGCCCCCAGGAGAGCGUGGUGGGCACCUCCCUGCCCGUGGGGCCGGCGGGUUCCUUCGGCUGGGGGAGCUCUGGGGGUGCUCAGAGCUCCUGGGGAUCCGGCGCUUCCCUGUCCGGCCGAUAUUCCUACCCCUGCUAUUCCCGCUAUUCCUCCUACCGUGCCGGGAGCUGCAGGCCCUGCUGA